CACGCACGCACGCACGGGCUCGGAUUUUUCGAGCGCGCGACGCUGGGGUGGGGCAGGCCUGCCGUGCUCUCCCUCCCCGUCGCCGACUCGCUGCUCCGCGGCCGACGUCCGGCAGUGCGCGAGCCGAUGCACCAGGCCGCGUCGCUCUGGCUUCGCUGACAUUGGCCGACAUCGCGCCGUCAAGUGCAGAGGCCGUUCGCGCGCUUCUCCGCCGCCGCCACCGCCGCCACAACCAGUCGGCGCGUCGGCCGACCACCGAGCCGCCAGCUUUCAACGCCCGACGCUAUUGAUUCUCGCAGCCGAUAACUCGCGUCGCUCGCGGUCAGUCGCAUAGCUCGCAGACUCUGCCGAGCAGCUUGCCGCGCGCGCGGCCUGUCUCAAGCUCGAGCUUCCGGUCCAAGUUCCAAAUUCACCUCGACGUCGAGUCGACAGUGCUGUGCGCGCGCGCGCGCGCGCGUGUGCCUCGGUGUGGGGAAAGCGCGACCGAAAGACGCCGUGUGCGACGUUGUCUCGCGAAGGUCGUGCCGGAGUAAUCGAGUAAUGCCGUAAGCUGCACUGACGGCUCCCCGUUCAAUUAUGGGCCUGUCUUUGUGGGCGCGCUUCGAGCCUCGGCAAACUAGCUUUAUUGCGGAGAGAACGCUCAGGGCGUUCUGUUCGUUCUGAAGUAACGACGCGUGCCGCAAUGACAACAUCGAUUCGACGAGUCCGCUCUUUGCUCCAACUCCACUCGACGUCGUAAACCUCAAAAAAGACGCUGCCGGUACCAGGACACUCGGAGGUGAACCUGUGCUCGGUGCUGUCGCUGGGCAAGGACCUCAGCAAAAUCACGAUGCCGGUGAUCUUCAACGAGCCGCUGUCGUUUCUGCAGCGAGUCGCCGAGUACAUGGAGUACUCGAAGCUGCUCAAGCAGGCGGCCCAAGAGACCAGUCCCGUCGCUCGGCUGCAAUACAUCUCAGCGUUCGCAGUAAGCGCUCUGGCCUCCAACUGGGACCGCCUCGGCAAGCCAUUCAAUCCCAUACUCGGCGAGACUUACGAACUGCAGCGAGAUGACUUUCGCAUAAUCUGCGAGCAAGUGUCGCACCAUCCUCCAGUGUCGGCGUUCCACGCGGACAGCGAGGAGUUCGUCUUCCGCGGCAGCAUCCACCCUAAGCUCAAGUUCUGGGGCAAAUCGAUAGAGAUCCAUCCUAAGGGAACGGUCACGGUCGAGUUGCCAAAAUGGAAGGAGGCGUACACUUGGCACAACGUCAACUGCAUCCUGCACAACGUGCUGGUCGGCCAGAUCUGGAUGGAGCAGCUGGGCGUGCUGGAGAUCAAGCAGCACGGCGGCGCCAACCUCAAGGCCGAGCUAUCCUUCAAGAGCGCCGGCUGGAACAACAAGGAUCUGCACAGAGUCGAGGGCUUCAUCGUCGAUCCCGAAAAUCACAAAAAAUUGGCAUAUCUUUACGGCAAAUGGACGGAGAGGCUAAAGGUAUGCGACGCGGCACUGUACGAAGACGCGAUCGAAAGGAUAAAACGCGAAAGCAAGAGUCCACAAAAUAGUCCCAGUCACAAAAAGGUUCUAGCCAGAUUGAGUAGUCUGAAGGUGGGAGCGUUCAAGCCUUCGCAUCAAGACGCCAUCGACGAACCCGAGUUGGACAACGAGGGCUUCACCGUUGACGACAUUCCUAACUCGACGGUUCUUUGGGAGGUCACACCCAGGCCAGCCAAUGCUGCGCAGUACUAUCAAUUUACGACAUUUGCCAUGUCGCUGAACGAGAUGCAGCCGGAAAUCGUUGACAAACUGUGCCCAACGGACUCUCGGCUGAGGCCCGAUGUUCGGAAACUGGAAAAUGGCGAUCACGACGGAGCCGCCUCGGAAAAGUCUAGGCUAGAGGAUAAGCAGCGGGAGAGCCGUAAAUCGCGGAAACACAAGAAAAAUUCCACGGAAUACAUCCCCAAAUGGUUCCUGAAAAGUACAAAUCCUUAUACAGGCGCGGACGACUGGCAGUACCAGGGUGGCUAUUGGGAUCGCAAUUACGGCGAGGUCGACGAUAUAUUCUAAUCAGCGGGGGGGGGGGGGCGAAUGGUCGCGAGGAGAGUGCGUCGUUCGCUAGCGUCGAUGUCACGAGAGAAGAAUCACGAGUAUUUGCUCGAGCGCAUCGACUGUCCGGGCGGAAAAGCCAACGGGGAAAUGAAGGGAUCUGGCGGAGCGCGCUCGGAUGCACGCUUGCCAUUGUCCGAGGAGCCGCUCGCUUAGUUUGCAGCUCACCGUACGACCUACCUAGUGACUUGUACUUCGCAGGGGAUUUCAUUUUAGCCAAGGCUCAGUGCCGUUCUAUUUAUCGGAUCGGUUCUUCCCGAUGCAAAAUCUUGGCAAUCGAUCGCUCGUAACUAGCUUCUUCUCUGCACGCGUUACAGGUCGACUGUGAGUUCCUCGGCAACGCUUGUCAAUCAGAAAUAUCAAUGCAAUCACUGCUUUUCCUCGAGCAGUCGAACAAUUUAUCGCGAGUCACAGUAAGCUGAUACACGCGUGUAAUAUCUAUACAUCCAGCCGACAUUGUGCAAAGUUAAAGCUAGUUUACUUUCUGCUACGUUUUAAGCUAUUGCACUACGCAUACAGCAUGUAGAGCGAAACUUGCAUCUGAAUCUCGUCUCUCCAUUUUCUUAAGAACCUAGCGAGACGUACGUAUAUUUAUCGAUGUGGAGUUCCCGUAUAACGUGUUGCGAAGAGCUCUUAGGAAACAAUUUUGUCGUGAAUUAUGUGUAUGUAUAUAUUAUAAAUACCAGUAAAUAGAGUCACGUAUAACACUAAGGUUCAGCAGUUGGAUCCCUCAGGAUUCACAUUUUAAUCGUGCAUCAGAAACUUGUGCGUCACUUCGAAUAGUGAAAUUAUCCGAAUCAAUUUGAAUAAGACAGGAGAGAGAUGAAACUCUGAACGUUCAAUUACAGCAUAUAACAAACUUCAUUUUCUCAAUGUCACGGACUUGGAAACUUUCAGUUCCUUUUCAAGAGCUGAAAGCCCAUCCACUUGUUUUGUAGUAUUAUUAUUAGCUGCGCGUAACAUUGCAAACACUUUUUCCACUAGUCUUCCAGUUCUCGAAAAAUGGCACAAGUUUAUGAUACUCGACAAAAACUAGAAAAAGUCAAGUUAAAUAUAACUAUACUAUUUUAAUCCUCGAGCCAUCAGUCAAAUACACUCUGUACACACAGACUCUGUGAAGAUAUAACAUUUUCGUAAUAACUUUAAGCAUAACGUUGUUCAGUAAAACAAUUGUCUUCAUUUUUCUACUUUAAUCUAUGUUCAAAUAUCAUUCAUACGUUCAAUGACAAAUUCACAUUCGUUACAGUUGGUUAAGUAUCCCAAUCGAUUAUUAAAUUCAAUCGGUGUGAUCAAUUAUUGCUCACAAAAAUAUGCAGAUUUCUUCAGUCGGUGAAAAAUAAAACGAACUUUUCAAAGAAAUGGUACAAAAUUAUUAAUAUUUACGUACAUUAUUUUACCGUAAAGUUUUUCUUGAAUAUUUUUUUCAAUGCCUCAGUUAUAAAACAAAAAUUUAUAUCCGACCAUGUGAAAUGAAUUUUUCUCAUAUAAUAUCAUUAAAAUCUAUUUUUACGUAUAUAGAUAAACCUUAAGCAGACAUCAAAUUUAUGUAACAUCGUAUAUUUUAUACAUCUUAUUAAGUGUCUAUUUUUCCAAGUAUGAAUGCGUACGAUGAAAAGAAAACUGUUCAUAAAAAAUAUAACCCUUUAGAUAAAGUUAUGAAUCUUGAUGACACGAGCUUGAACAGCACUUUUGAAACAAGUCAAAUUGAGUGCUCAUUCCGUCGUUACUUGAAAACUUGAUUUACGUUUGUAGUUGCGGAAGCUUUGAAAACUCUAAAAAAAUUUACCACAAUUAACACUUGGUUCACUUUUUUCUCAGAUAAAUAAAAUAUCAAAACUGUUUAUUUAUGAAUUUAAUUUGGUGCUCAUACUAAAGUAUAACGGCGAUCAAUUUGAAAAAGAGUUUCGCGUAAAUAUUUUGUUCGUUUGUCGAGUAAGACUGUAACAUCUGAAAAAUAUGUAAGACCUUCAGAUCGAACAAAUCUGGAGUUAAUUGUAUCCGCAAGAAUCCGCCAAUUUUUAGUUGAAUAAGCUUUUUAUGAAACACGACUUUGCUAAUUGAGAAUGAUACGCAGUGAAAUUAAUUUUUUACGCUCUUUUUAUAUACACGAUCAACUAGGAUUAAAUAUAUUUAUGUUACAUGUGAUCAUUCUCUGUGUAGAUAUUCGUCUUGUUCACUUAUAGUUUACUAUUCUUUGCUAAUAAGUAGUGAAAAAAUACGUAUGAUGUUAAUGACUAGCAUGAUUUUUAUCUGUAAAUAUGUCUGUAAGAUAAAAUGGCAUUUUGAGCUACGGAAAAUUGAUAUAAAUACACAUAUGUACAUCGAGAACUAAUAACUUAGUUAUACUGAGAUACAAGGGUACUGCAAUUAUAUCUGUACGUACUUUUACAAAAGGUCACAGUUCAAUUAUUUAUUCUUGUUGAUAUGUAAUACAUCGUGAUCAACUAGCGCGUGUAUAAUAGUUAUUAUUUACAGCUGCUAAUAUUGUUGCAAAUUUAGAUCUUUGAAUUUCCAAUGAUCUCAUUACAUUAAAUCUCUAUAACAACAAAUAGAAACAUUUUCACCUCUAGUACCAAAACAAAUCAAACGACACGAACUGUAGUCAUUAUACAAGAGCCCUGCAACAUUCCGGUGAUGCCAAUGCAAUAUAAUGGUCAAGUGUUUCGUUCUUGUGAACACGUGUAGAAACUAAUUGCUAUUCUUUUAGAGUAUCAUUCAUUAACAUUACCGUCGUUAUUAAAAGUGCAGUGAACAGUAAGAGCGUCAAUUUUGGCUGCAUAAAAUGAAGAUCCAUACAAAAUUCUAUAUUAAAAACUGCAAACAAUACAUGAAACGACAAUAAGUAUUGAUUUAUUAGAUGAUCACAUAUGCAGUCGUUUCUCUGAACAAGUCGAAUAAAUAUUUAAUUUCCGGAAAUUUACAGGUAACACUCUGGCUGAUCUGUCCGUAGUUGCACAAUGUAAAGUAUGUUAUUUCAAGUUUAGCUAACAUGAUUUUUUAGAGGACAGCUUUAGAAAUUUAUAUCUUGCAGGGAAAUUCAAAUUGAACAAAACUGAAAUGAUAUAGCAUUUUGACGGGCUGUAGUUUAUGAGGACAAUGUUCACGAAUUGUUGAUUGAGUGUAUAAUUUUUAAUUUCACGUGUGCACGUCUUCAAAUUUCAUUCAAGUUGUCAAUUUGACUUUCCAAUGACGCGAGUGCCGUUAAGAUUGAAGUGCUAAUUAUAGAAAGAAUAUACAAAAAUUGAUGCCUACAAAGCAUGUAUUUUUUGACAAGCAUUUUACUUUGAUAGGCAUCAAGACUAUAAAUGAAAGUAAGGUCUAGCAAAACAAUGACGUUGAUCGUCGAAAAAAGAAUUUCUUGUAGCGUACAAAAAGAAUGGGUAUUUUUGGUGUGAUAUGACAAUUUCAUGUUACGUAGACAUGAAUGAAAGUAAGAAUAUUGGAAACUAAAUUUAAUUUGCAAAUAAGCAUAGAUCCUUUAUUCCAAACAUCAUAAAACUAUAGUAGUAUUCAUGUUUAGUUUUACGGAUUUAAUGGUUCACACUAAUAUUUCAGUUAUUUAGGAUUCGUUAUCAAAAAAGAAAUGUGGCCAUACACUAUUGUAAUACGUGUAGUUGAAGUAAAAAUCGUAUAAAAUAAAAAUGAUUAGUUAUCAGACAACUGUCUUAUUUGUUUACUUGCAACUGAUUAUGUUAAAAGCCAGUAAUACAGUUAAGUGUUUACGAUUGGAUUAUUUGCGCUAAGCAAUGUUCCAAUUGUAAAUAGUUCGUUUGGCUGACAAAAGAAAUAGGGGCGCGUUUAGAACGAACUUGGUUAGAUAUGUAUCUAUAAUCCAAAAUAUACGCGUCUUUGUGUCCAGUAGAACAUAAACAAUUGACAAUCGUCAUCGAAAAGAUAAACAGAAUAAAUGAAACAAUAAAACAAAUAUUGUAGUUAGGUUCGUAGCAGUUCGCAGUUGCAUCAUUUACAAGUUUAAUUUAUGUAAGCGGUGUUUCAGUGUAGCUACUCAUGAAAAUAAAGGGGUUAUAUAUGGACUGCUGAAGGUCCCCUUAAAUUUUAAGUUUCGAAACGCUACCGCCAUCUUUGAUAUUGAUUAAUCAAAAGCUUAUGUUUGUUGUGGGUGGAGAAUAGCUUAACAGACUCAUGUAAAAAUACACUGCUGAUACCAACUAAUUUUCUAAUGCACACUACAUCUACGAUUCAGAUUUCUAUGAAGGAUAAUUACAAUUAGCAAAAGUAAGAUUAUUUUAUGUUUAUCACUAGAACAGCAAGUGUUCAAAGAAAGUAAUAAUGUAAAAAAUAAAUUUCGAUGAAAUUAUUUUUAUAGUUUGUUUGAAAAACAUUUGACUCAAUUCAAGGUUGCAGAUAAUUAGAAUACCAUACAGCACACUAAGAACACAUUUUUUCUAACUAAUCAAACAGUAAUUUUUCGUUCAUGAAAACCGGGAACAAGCAUUUUUUGCGCGUGCGCAUCUACACACACAUAAUUAUUUUUUGAAAGUAAAUUGUUAACUAAAACAUACUAAAAUAAUAUAAAUUUCUUAACAUAAUCAUAAAUUCAAGUCCAUAUCAGCUAAAUCAAAUGUUUUGAUUACUAA